CAGCCUCCGGCCCAUUCUUUCAUAUAACCAUAGAAUCGUAACUCCCAAUUCUUCCAUUUCCACGUCUCUCUAGCUAGCUAUGAUUCUAUGAUUAUAAGUAUCCCAUUGAACAUGAAAAAACAGAGCAAAAAUGUCCAAAUCAGAAGAAAAAAUGAGUGAAAAUCACACCCUUUCCAAGGGAGACGUGCCCUUUUCAUGGGAGCAAAAACCCGGGGUCAGAAAGGCGGCAGUGCCAGUCUUUCAUGUCCACCACCCCAAGCUUCCACCUCCGCCGCGCGCGGCGGCGCAUGACGGCUGCAGGAGGUCUCCCCUGAAAUACCACCGAGGCCUGCAAAUCCCUCCACCGCCGUGCACGGCUCCGCCGGUCCCGAGAAACUCGUCGCGAAAAGGGGUGAUCAGUAAACGUGAUGAUCCGUUCCUGAUUGCGUACAUGGAGUGUACAAAGAACGCUGGGCCAAAAGGUGAUAGCUUUAUGUGGUUUGGCAAAGAUGAUGGAGUGAGGAGGAAGAGGAAGAAGAAGAAGAAGAAAAAUGUUGGGUUCUUUUCGUGUAAAGAUUCAUGUGGCGUGCUUGAGGAUAAGAUUGUUCGAGCUUCACAACUUCCGGUUUCGAGAUCUCAAAGAGCUGACGAGUGAAGAAGACGGUUUCUCUGAAAUCGAGUGUUUUUUUUUUAUUUGCAAUUUGUAAAAAUUUAUUGAGUUUAGUUUUGGAUGAACCACAAUAAUAAACACCUCUUAUCACAUUGGUGGGGAUGUACGUGUUAAAUGUGUUAUCAUAGGAUGAUAUAUUUGUUGUGUUUAUGUUUGGAAUUAAUUUUGUUUGUACUUCUUUUUAAAUAACUACUUCUACGAGUAAUUUAGUGGAACAAGAAAUAUUUAUACACUUUUAUCCAAAC